GGGAUCAGUUUCUCACCUUCAAAUACACACACUAUUUUCACACACACACAAUUCCUUCCACUUCUCCAAUGGCGUCUCUUCAACUAACUCCUCUGUCCACUUGCACCGAUCUCUCUCUUCCUGUCAUCAGAGUUUUCCGAUGCCGGAAGACUCUUUCCGUCCGGUGCUCUGCUGGAGAACCUUCUUCUUCCUCAUCUCCAUCGAUUUCCGUUGGUUCCGAUUUCGACGCCAAGGUUUUCCGGCAUAAUUUGACCAGAAGCGAGAACUACAACCGGAAAGGAUUCGGACACAAGAAGGAGACGCUUGAGCUAAUGAGUCAAGAGUAUACCAGUGACAUAAUAAAGACUUUGAAGGAGAAUAACUACGAAUAUACAUGGGGAAAUGUUACUGUAAAGCUUGCAGAAGCUUAUGGCUUUUGCUGGGGUGUUGAGCGUGCUGUCCAAAUUGCUUAUGAAGCCAGGAAACAAUUCCCUGAUGAGAAGAUUUGGAUCACUAACGAAAUUAUUCACAACCCUACUGUUAAUAAGAGGCUAGAAGAGAUGGAAGUUAAAGAUAUCCCAAUUGAGGAAGGAGAAAAACAAUUUGAUGUUGUUGAUAAGGGCGAUGUUGUUAUUCUGCCUGCUUUUGGAGCUGCAGUAGACGAAAUGUUGACUUUGAGUAACAAACAAGUACAAAUAGUUGACACUACAUGCCCUUGGGUGUCUAAGGUGUGGAAUACUGUUGAAAAGCACAAGAAGGGGGACUAUACUUCAAUCAUUCAUGGUAAGUAUACCCAUGAAGAGACAGUGGCAACAGCCUCUUUUGCAGGAAAGUAUAUCAUUGUGAAGAACAUGGAUGAGGCAACAUAUGUGUGUGAUUACAUUCUUGGUGGUGAACUUAAUGGAUCUAGCUCAACCAAAGAAGCUUUUCUGGAGAAAUUUAAAUUUGCAGUUUCCAAAGGUUUUGAUCCAGAUAAGGAUCUUGUGAAAGCUGGUGUGGCAAACCAAACUACAAUGUUGAAAGGAGAAACAGAGGAGAUAGGGAGAUUAGUAGAGAGGACAAUGAUGCAGAAGUUUGGAGUAGAAAAUAUCAACAGCCACUUCCUAAGCUUCAACACUAUCUGUGAUGCAACUCAGGAGAGACAAGAUGCUAUGUAUAAAUUGGUGGAUGAGAAGUUAGAUCUUAUGUUGGUGGUUGGUGGAUGGAACUCCAGCAACACCUCACACCUACAAGAGAUUGCAGAGGAACGUGGCAUUCCAUCUUAUUGGAUUGAUAGUGAACAAAGAGUGGGUCCCGGGAACCACAUAGCUUACAAGUUAAUGCAUGGCGAAUUGGUUGAAAAAGAGAACUGGCUACCAAAAGGUCAUGUCACAAUUGGUGUCACAUCUGGUGCAUCUACCCCUGACAAGGUAGUGGAGGAUGUGCUACUUAGGGUAUUUGAGAUCAAACGCCAAGAAGCCCUACAACUCGCAUAGAUAUAGAUUAGACAUAUGUUAUGUAUACAUAUGAAUGUGAUGUAUAUGUGUAUGUGUAUAAUACAAAACCAUGGGUUGGUAUUUAUCUACACAUGUUAUGAAAUCUCACCACUUCGAUCA